AUGGCUCGCACACAAAUCGACGCCCUCGACGCCUUCUCCCACCUCUCCGACAAUGUGCCCACCUGGAUCAACCAGGUCUCAGACCUGGUCGUCCACACGACCGCCAAACACGCCGAGUUCUCUGCUGCGUUUAAGAAACUAGCCGUUGUCCGUUCGCCGCGGCGACGCAAGAAUAGCUCUGUCUGUUCUAUCCAUACUGAGAAGGGCACGUCCGACGUGUUGGCUUCGGGGAUUCCGAGGAAACGAGGCAACGAGGAGGUCCGCUCGCUGAGCUCGAACGCUGGCGGUGCAAGUAUGGUCAGCUUUCGAAAUAAUCUAGUCAUCCACUACGACGGCCACACGCAAGAGACGCUCGAAGAAAUCGUCCGCCACAUCGGUACCGCCCGCAACUAUCUCCGCCGCGGCAAGAUGUCACAAAUGGCUCGGCCACCUGCCGUGCUCCGGUUCACCGUGGAAGCCGACAAUAACGGCGGCGCACUGGGCGAGAGUGGCGUGGAUCCCCUGAUGGCUUCCAUCCGCAGAACACGAAACCGGGGGCCGGCCCCUAGUAGCGCACAAAACAACAACAACACCGCCACCAAUUCAACAACUACCAACAGCAAGGGGAUCACCAAAGACUCGUCGUUUGAUUUUGCCGACAAACAGCUCGAGCUGGCGCACGGGCUGUGCGAGUCGGCGGCGCACCAGUUCCUUCGCGUAGGUGAAUGCUCGGCGCUACUGGAGAGCGUAGAGAGCAAGUUUACCCUGCUGCAGGAGAUGGCCGCCAACGAGGUGGAGCGACUCAAAGCGGAGCGGUUGAAGGAACAGCAAGAGGUCGCCGCCGCCACCGCCACCACCACAUCAGAUAUGCCCGCCGCCCCUGCCGCCCCUGCCUCGGGGAAGAAGCCGCUGGCUCGCAAUGAAAAGGCCGGCACCCCUGGUUCGGCAAUCGAGGUGGAUGACGACUCGUCGCCCUCGAUCGAGUCCAUCGACCUGGCCGCUUUCCGAGCGAGUAAUCGGUACCGAGCAUAGAUCUCUCUCUCUCUCUCUCUCCAAAGUGAUAAGUUGAUAUAAACCAACUUGGCAAAUAAUCUCGCAAGCAAAGAAUCUUUCAACAGCAAAUCGGCAACCAACUCGCAUCAACCCGUUUAGCAUCUCAGAUACCACUCGUUCAUUCGGUUCUCAUAUCAUCUUCAUCACCUUCUGGGUUAUCUAUGCCAGUCUUUACAGUUACGAAGCGGGCGUUGUAUUGGGAGGCGCAUUUGAUUUUGACGGCAGUGAAGUGAUGUACAUAGCAUCUAUGAGUUUUUUACCCUAUCCUAUCUUAGGUAUCUUAGGUAUCUUAGGUGUCCCGUAGAAUCAGUAGGCAGAACUGGGUAUGAUGCGGAGAAAUCAUAGGGCCGAGUCCAGGUCCGAAUCCGACCGAAUCCGAGCUCGUAAGGCACAACUAGCCUACUAGUACUAGGUAGUUAGUUUACUCCGUACUAAUC